UUUUUAUUCUACGUCCUCUGCCCAGUCCAUAUGAAUGGGAUGCAAGAACAAGGAUGCCGGCAUAUCGUGUUGCAUACGGUUACACUCAAUGCUGUACAACAACAGCAAGGGAACUGGGAAUAACCGUUUGCAGGGAAAAAUAUGACUUUUCCUCAAAAUGUGCUGCAUUGAUAUCAAAUGGUUUGGUAUCAACCAAAAAGGUAACGUUCGGGAAAAUUGGUUGAACGUAACGUCACGGAUCUUGUCGGACGAAAACGGAAUAACAACGAGUGUUCCCAUCUGAUCGUCAUGUGUUUGUUACUCUUUACACUACCGCUGCUUCCGCCCGACGCCAUUUUGAUGAAACUGAGGCGUAGAAAUCGCUUGCCUGCCUCGCCGUCGUGUGAUUUCUACAAGGAGACUAUCUUUUUUUUUUCUUUUUACACCUUUUUGUCCUCCUCGCGCCGUGGAGGAGAAGGAGCGCACCCCGAUGGACCCGGAGAGGAAAAAGGCACCGUUACGCGGGUAGCGGAGUCAUAUCAUUGCCCAUAGCUUGUUAGCUCGGCACCAUUCGUUUUUUCGGUUUUCGUCUUUCUCUGCAUUUAUUAGUAAAUUAUUGUCGUCUCGGCGAUGGGGGGUACUUGGCGUUGACAUAAAUCCCGUGGACUCGUUCUGUGGACUGUUUUGUGACGAACUGAGGCGUGGGGAAUUUCCCCACCGCACAACCGCAACUGGCUGGACUGUCGUUAGCAACAUUAGCUGCUAACUCAGCGGCCUGCCCUCGCUUUCUUUCCUAUUCUGCCGCAAAAGGACUACCGGUGGCGGACGUGGCCAUCGAUAGAACGCCGCUCUCUCGGUAGAAGCGAGCUCGGACCUCCUUGGACCACCCCCUUGCUUGUAUUUUCGGGGGGCUUGUGUGUGUCGCUUUGGUUUUGGACUCGAGAGGACUUGACAAAAAGGCACAUGGCCUUUCAUCUCUUGCGUUGGGAUUAAACAAGGACUCUGCGUCAUUGACUCGGCCUCCAUUUUCCUUUUUUUUUGUCCAGUGUCUCAAGCCCAAUUUGACGUAUUAAAAAGUUACCAGGUUUGGCCUCCUGUGAUUUGAGUGUUGACGCUGUUUAUUAUUUUGUUUGUUUUUGGUUACCCAAAGCCUGUGUCUAUUCCACCCGUCCCCCAACCCUCUUCCUCCCCAACCCUUGUUAUAAAAGAAAAGUGUGGCAAAAUGUCGUGUGUUCACUACAAGUUCUCCUCCAAACUGGACUACAACACGGUCACGUUCGAUGGGCUGCACAUCACGCUAAGUGAGCUCAAGCGGCAGAUCAUGUCCAGGGAGCGCCUCAAGGCCACAGACUGCGACCUGCAGAUCACCAACGCGCAGACGCGAGAAGAAUAUACUGACGAUGAAGCCCACAUCCCCAAGCACUCAUCGGUGAUUGUCCGUAGAACACCAAUCGGUGGCGUCAAACCGGCUGGCAGGACGUUCAUUGUAGAUCGUUCUGACACGUCUGUCGCGGGAUCAUCAAGACCCACCGACUCCUCACCGUCUAUGUCUCUCGCCCAGCUCACCAAGACCGCUAAUCUGGUUGAUGCAAAUGCAUCCGAGGAGGACAAGAUUAAAGCCAUGAUGACUCAGUCCAACCACGAAUAUGACCCUAUUCAUUACUCCAAGAAGGCAGUCGGACCCCCGCCGGCUCACUACCUCUGUUUCCGAUGCGGAAAAACUGGUCACUACAUUCGACAAUGCCCAAUGCUACUGGUCCAGGAUAAGAGUGUGGAGGCUCCCAAGCAGGUGAGAACCAGCAAGGGGAUUCCUCAGAGUUUCAUGGUCAAAGCGGAGCCUGGCACCAAAGGAGCCAUGUUGACCAGCACGGGAGAAUACGCCAUACCGGCCAUAGACGCGGAGGCGUACGCGCAGGGGAAGAAGGAGCGCCCGCCGUUUGUUCCACACGAGCAGUCGUCCUCUGAGGAUGAAUCCGAUCCCAUUCCCGACGAGCUGCUGUGCCCCAUCUGUAACGAUCUGAUGACGGAUGCUGUUGUCAUUCCGUGCUGCGGGAACAGUUACUGUGACGAAUGUAUCCGAACAACCUUGUUGGAUUCUGAGGAACAUAUUUGCUUCACAUGCAAACAAUCCGAUGUUUCGCCUGACAAUCUCAUUGCCAACAAGUUCCUUCGACAGGCUGUGAACAACUUCAAGAAUGAGACCGGCUACACGAAACACGGGCGGAAACAAAUCCAACCUUCAGCUCCUCCUCCUCCACGGCCUCACCUUCUCAAUCGGCCUCUGCAGUCUAGGCAGCAGGACCCCUUGGUGGCCAACAUCUCCCACCCACCACCUCCUGUUCUUCCUCACGCUCCUGCUACCACUAGUGUGGCUACCCCUCAGGAUCAUACCCCACCCGCGGCCCCUCCUGCCACUAACACUCCCACCCCUACGCCAUCGCCGCCCCAUCACUCUGAUGUCACUGAGGAAAGGAAAGAAGCUUCGCCAGUUCCGCCGCCGGUCGUUGAUCACGGUUCUCCUCGGGUCGCCGUCAAUCAGGAUGAGCCACCACCGCCAGGUGAUGCGGAACCCCCUGCACCCAUUGUGAUGCAAGGCCCAACUAAAAAUACAGAAAGCAGAUCACAGGCUUACAAUUUGCCUCUCAUCAGUGCACCUUCGGCCUCGAGGCAGCCUCUUCUGUCAGGUCCCCAUUCCCGGCCCCACCAACCUCACAGGGACAGGGGAGGGAGACAUUGGGAAAGGUCCUACAGGAGCAGAGGCGAGCCCUCUUCCACCCACCUCCAGACGGCCCAACUCCCUCUUUCCACACCUUCCCUGUACGUGUCGCCCUCUCUCUACCCGCCCCCACCGCAGGCAUACCCUCCCUUGUACCCCACAGGCCCUGGCCUCCUUCCACCGCCGACGUUGGGUUACCACCCUCAGCCCAUUUUCGGCCCUGGGCCGCCAGGCGUCAACCCUCCCUGGGGAGCUCCCAGCGGCCAGCCCCCUCUACUUACCCUGCCCGCCUCCCUCAGUCAGCCCUCUCUCUCCAAAGAAGACUUCUACAGGCAGCGGCACCACCGGCAAGACAACAUCACAUCCAAACUUGACGAGUUCACAAAAGACUUCCACAAAGAGCUGAUGAAGUACCGAAAUGCGCCAAAGAGACAGAGACCUUCGUAUUCUAGGUCUCGAUCAUAUAGCCGCUCUCCAGUCAGCCGCUCUUACACUCGCUCUCGCUCCAGGUCCAGAUCCAGAUCAAGGUCUUACUCAUACACCCCAAGUCGGUCGCGGUCACGUUCACGCUCCCACGGGCGGCCGUAUCCCCGUUCACCUUACUCCCGACGCAAUGGACGCAGCUAUGGACGCUCCCGCUCAAGGUCCCGGUCCCGCUCCCGCUCGAGGUCAUAUGGGUACCGUCGCUCUGGUUCGCCGCCUUCAUUCCGUGGUGCCACUUGGGAAGGCGGCGAAGGGGCAUCCUCGUUCCGGUCCAGGUCUCAUUCCCGCUCCCCUGGCGGUUUCCGGAACCGCAGCCCAGGUGGACGGAAGCCUCCACCUCGUGAAUUACCACCUUAUGAUCUAAAGACUCUCAGCCCCGGCAGUCACGAACGCUGGGAACGGGAUAGCUACCGGCAAUGGGAGCGCGAGUAUAGAGAAUGGUACAACAAGUAUUACAAAGACUGUGAGAACCAACACCAGGUGAUCUAUCAUCGGGGACGCGGUAGCAGGGAGAGGGAACGAGAGCGGGAACGGGUAUCCCCCUUGCACAGGGAGUACUCCCCUCAAGCCAGAGGGAGAAGAUGUAGAGAUGAGAAAGUGCCACCAACUCACAAUCCUUCAUCAUCUAAGACAAAUGUCAAGCUCCUGAAAACCAAGAAAGUCAAAAAGAGGCGAGCCGGCGAGGAUGGGGAGCAAUCGCAUCACUCUGUAGACAGGGGUGACGCCACGCCCGUCAGAGAUGAACCCAUGGAUGACAUCCUAUCGCCAAACAAAACGUCCCCCAUCGCCUCCAAGCCAGCAUCAUCUACUGCCAGUUCCAAGGCUCCUGCCUCCAAAAUUACCACAGCACCCGCAAAAGCCUCGGUCAAGCCCGUGUCUAAGACUGACAAGGGAAAGAAAGAGAAGGCUCAGAAAGUAAAACCUAAAGCAAAGACUGAUGCUUCCAAAGUGAAAAAUGACAAAGUGAAGAAGAAGACUGGUGAGUCUGUUGUGACCAAAAAGAAAGAGCCCUCUUCUACUGUCGCUGCUAAAACAUCAAAAACCACCAAAGCCAAACCUGAAGAAUCCCACAACUCAAUAGCUCCAAAAAAGGAAAAGUCUAAAAGCUGUUCUGUGAGGCCACCCCUCCUAAAGACCCCCCCAUUGUUCACCCCAGGCCUACCUCUACCACAUCCAUCUCUCCACGAAAGCCUCCGGCCUGGCAAUGACAACCGAGUGCGAAGAGAGCCCCCACAUGGCGGCGGCCUCAUCCCCUUACCCCACCAACAAGUGCUUCCCUACCUCCACCGACCUCCUUUGCGGCUGGGUGAGGAGGGCCGCUCCUUGCUAGGCUCCCCGCCCGGAAAACUCCGGAGACUGGAUGGACCCGGGAUUGGCGUUGAGGUCUUCCCGCACCUCCACGACUCCCAUCAGUUGCCACUCCCGAGAUUCUCACACACGCCUGACAGACCUGGUCUUCUUCCCGUGCUUGUGGGCCGCGAGAUUGUCUGGGCGGACAAAGACAGAGGCCCCAUCAGACCGCUCAUGGACUUGCCGGUGAAGCCAGUGACCCAGAGAAGCAUCCCUCUGAGCAGAGACCAUGUCAAAAAAGACAACCCCACCUCGGACUCUGACAAGACCACCGCGGACCGAUUUGGUGCUGCCAACAAUCCAGAUGCGGACAGACCCAGCAGUAAUUCUGAAGCCGUUGACGCAAAGGAGCGUUUUUCUUCCUCUGACGGGGGGAUCUCAAGAGAAAAAGCUGCGGAGAAAUCCUCGGUGUCUGACAAAGACGCUGACCGGAAUUCAGGAUUAGACAGAGAGCGGGAAAGUAACUGGAGAAUAGACAGAGAGCGGGAAAGAGGUUCAGAUCGGGGGCGGGAAAAACCCUUGCGCUCUGACAGAGACCGGGAAAAACCUUUGGGAUCGGACAGAGAUCAGGAAAAAACUUUGGGGUCUGACAGAAAUCGGGAAAGAACCACAGGCUCUGACAGAGAUCGGGAAAGGGGUUCAGACAGAGACAGAGAUCGGGAAAAGGGUUCCGAUCGGGAAAAGGGUUCCGAUCGGGAAAAGGGUUCCGACAGAGAUUGGGCGAAAGCUUCGAACAGAGACAGAGAAAAGACUUCAGACCGUGAUCGUGCAAAAGCAUCGAGUUCAGACAAAGAUCGUGCGAAAGCCACAGAUAGAGAGAGGGAAAAGGCCGCUAGUUCUGACCGAGAUCGAGAAAAAACUUCGGGAUCUGACAGGGACAGGACUUCGGCAUCAGAGAGAGAGCGCGACAGAGUCUCUGGAUCAAGCUCAAAGAAGGUCUCGGCAGUGAAAGAUGCUGAUGUAGGCGAAAAAUCACAGAAGACGGACCGUAAAAACUCCGGAAGCGCAGCCAGCAGAUCUGUUUGCUUGGACAAAAUGACCAUCGCGGAGAAAUCGGCCGUCAGCAAAAAGCAGGGAACCAACCAAGAGAAGUCGAGCAAUUCCUCCAAGGAGACCACGGAGAAAGUUGCAAAAUCAGAUCGUAGUGUUUCCAAGGAGAGACCUGCGAAGACUGCAUCCACCGGGAAGAAACCUGACCCCACUCCCAAAGAAGGGAAAGAUGGAGAGACAAAAACGAAGCCCAAACCCAAGAUCAGUCGCAAGGUCUUAGCCAGCCAGCCUGCCGGCACCGCCAGACCCGCCCAGGAGCCCAAGCUGAACACUGGAACGGAAGAGAAGAACAGGGACUCUUCGGAAACUUUGGAGCCAACGACUCAGUCUGGCCCCCAAAACGUUGGGGAGGAGCUCCUCAUUCAAGCGCCUCCUCGCUCCAAGUGGGAGCGGGAAGAUGACGAGGAGGAGGAGGAGGAGCAGCAGCAGUUGGCUGCAGCGGUAGCGGCUCCUCAAGAGACUCUCAAAGAGCCGUCACCUAUCCCGAAGAAGACUGAGCCAAUGAGGGCUGACAAGAAGCCUGUGGCCAAGGAGGAGAAAAAGAAGGUGCCCAAGGACGAAAGCAAGACCAGCAAACCCACCAAAGUCAAGAUUAUCCGAGAGGAGAAGAAGGCAACUAGGGGGGAAAGGGGGUCAAAAGCAGAGGUAAGAGAAGGGAAGGAGCGAGGUUCACCCGGGAAGGAGGAGAAGAACCUUAGCUGCCCCGAGCCCAGGAGGCAGCGCCUUUGCUCGGACCUGGGCCGCGAGACGGACGAGGCCGCCUUUGUGCCGGACUACAGCGAGGGUGACGAGGCCUCGGACAGCAGCCCCACGACCAGCCAGCGCUCCAACAGCAAUCGCAGUGACUCCCCCGCCUCUGCCUCGACCGGCGCCGCCGGCGUGGGUGACAAGAAGAAGAAAAAGAAACACAAGAAGCACAAGAAACACAAGAAGCAUAAGAAGCACAAAGUAGGGGAGAAGGAGGUCGGUGAGCACAAGGAGCACAAGCAUAAACACAAGAAGAAGAAACACAAGAAAAGCAAAGACAAGGACACCGAGGAGGCCAAGCCUGAGAAGGAAGAGCCGCAGGCCGUAGCUGCCGCGGAGAUCUCCAAACCUUGAUGCCGCCUGGAAACCAAAAGAGGAAAAUGACAGACAGAUGAAGUCAAAGCUGAGGUUGAGCAGCUAAAACCCAGGCCUCUCCACGAUAACAGUUGGAAAUCAGAAGAGCUAGGACGAGAGGACGUCGAGGCUGAUGAUGAAAGAGCCGGGAAUUCAACCUAUAUGUCCAAAACUUUGGCGUCACUGGGAACUCGAAUGAUGACAAACGCUGAAGGAAGGGCCAGAAGCCAGGUCCCCAACCUUGAGGCCACUUUGGAACUCGAUUUACUCAGGGAUACGCAGGAGUUUCAUGUCGCAGCCUGUUAGUUCACUGUACAUAAAACCAGGAAGUCUUGGUCCCCUCCCUCCCUCCCUCCCUCGCGAGGAACUUGGUCUCUUCCCUGUGAUGGAUCUCGCGCAUUAAUGCCAUUGACCUGUAAAUAUUCUUAGUCACACUUUCAUGGCGAUCCAAUGUUUCAGCAUUUUUUUCCUUCCUUCUCCAGGUUAUGAAUCAAUACCGUUUCCCUGUAAAUAUUCUUGGUCACACUUUGAUUGCCCUACAUUGGAGGGCGUCUUUUCGCAAUAUGAAUUGGAGCGAUCGUGGCGUCAUUUUACAUUUGGUAUUGUUGCACUUAUUAGAUAGACGCGUGAGCGUUCGUAGGCUCGGAAGGUAAACAAAUCUGUUGUGGAGUCACGCAACACUGGAUGCAGAGGAAAAAGCAGUCAUUCAAAGUAGGUUUUUGUUCCAAGUUUGAUUGUGCGAGUGGACGGAAACAGGAGUCUUACUCAUGACUUGUUCCUGUUUCUUGUUUCUUUUUUUUUUUUAAAUAAAAAAUGUUUUGACU